AUGUCCUAUUUGAAUCCCCGAGGGAGAGAGCUCGAGCGUUUUGAUGGACUUUCGCUCAUUUACUGGACACUAAUGGGUCCGUAUGGAGUAGAUCGAGCAGUGCAUUCAAUGGAUUUUACAGACUGUGAGAAUGGACUAGGAAUCAAAGUGAUCGGUGGUGUGAAAGAACUAACAGGAGAGGAAUAUGGUGUUUAUGUGAAGAGGAUCUUACCUGGUGGCCUUGCUUCCAGUGAUGGAAACCUGCAGCCUGGAGACCAAAUCCUGGAGGUGAACGGUGAAAGUUUGAUUGGCGUGACAAGUGAAAGAGCGGUGGACAUUCUCAGAGCAGCAUCUUCAACCAAUCACAUGCGCCUUCUCAUAGCCAGAGAUGAGGAAGCCAGGCGAGAAUUUGCAGAGCUUCUUGAAAAGUACGGCUCAAAUGGCAGCACAGGUUCUACCAGGAAUUCUCCAAUUCAGCAUACAGGCAGAUAUUUGGACAGCACAUCAUCAGGAUCUUCAUCAAGAUCUCAAAGUCCUUUAUUGCUGAGUCCUGCUGGAUCUCAGAGUAAUUACAACAACACCGGACCCUUGCUACGCUCCUUAAGUCACCCAGGUGAAGGGGUGAUUCAGCUGAUAACAGUGGCUCGCUCCUGCAGUCUGGGUAUCACCAUUGGUGGUGGCUCCAACAGACCUGAUGGCCCUGCAGUUUUUAUCCAGGAAGUGCUGUCUGGAGGAGACUGUCAUCGGGAUGGACGGCUCAGACCCGGAGAUCAGCUUAUCGCCAUUAACAAGGAAUCACUGAUAGGAGUCACCUAUGAGGAGGCCAAAAGCGUGCUCAAUAAGGUCAAAUUCAGUCAGGACCCGGUGGUGGAUGUUGCCUUCAUCCCAGGAAAAGGACCCUUUUCCAGCAGCCCUUCGUUGCAUAAUGGAGUUCAGAGAGGGGUUGGGAACGGAUACAACUCCAGCCGGUUAAAGGUUCAUGUGCGAUCUCCUGAGAUGCGACAAGAGGAAACGGCUCCAGUUCUUUCCUCCUCUCCGGAUAUCUGUCCUCCAGACAUACAGGUUUCAGCCUCCACCGCACAGAGACCAGCCACUGUUUCCAAACCCAAGAUCUCGCUGGACCCCCACAUACGGCUCAAAUCAGAGAAGCUGGAUCUGGCUUUGUCGUACCUGGGUCUGGAUGUGACAGAUGAGAAGAGACGGCAGCUCAGAGAGAGUCUCACCACAGACCCUCAGGGAACAGUCUCAUAUGGAGACUUUGUGGAGGCCACACGCAGUGUCUAUCAGGAGAAGCUGGAGGAGGUGGGCCUGGGACAGGGACCAUUUAUGUUCUCCUACCAGGAAGCAGCUAGUUUGAUGGACACCUCUGCCUUUCAUUCCCCAACAUAUGAAUCAGAGUGCAGCUACAGCAGUGAAGAGCUGGAGGAGUUUCAAAAUGAAGUCAAACAUCUCCAGGUGCAGAUGAAACAACUCAAGGGGAUGCUGAAAGACACAGAGGACAGUAAGAAGACUCUGGAGGAUGAACUGCAGAAAACAGCUGAGAAGGCCACAGCCACGCUGGAGGAGAAUAAGUGUCUGAAGAGUAAACUGCAGGUGGCAGAAGCUGUGCAGAGACAGACCAACAGUGCAGAACAGGACUAUGAGGAGGUCAUUCAGCUCCUGGAGGCCGAAAUCAAAGAUCUGAAGAACCAGCUUGCCGGCAAGAAAAAGAGAGGCCUAGAGGCCACUAAGGAGGAUGUGAUGGAUUUGAACAGAAGGCUGACAGCCAUUGACAGCCAGUUCAGAAAGUCUGAACUCACUCGAAAACACUUGGAAAUAUCCAACAAGAAGCUCCUUGGCUUUGCCCAGAACGUCCACAAAGUACUCACCAACAGUUACUUAUUCGGGAUUGAAAAUGGGAGUGCACAAGCAUCUCCAGCAGCCGACAGCCCCGACACACCGUCCCCGAUCCCAGACUCGGCCUGCCAGCUCGCAGCAGAGGCCAAAGAGCUCGUGGAUGGAGUCUGCUCGCUUUGCACUGAGGAUCACACAUUACCGCAGUACGUAGAGGGAUCUGUUAUGAAGGCCGAAGAGGACUGUGAUUCAGAUCUCCAAUGGCCACAGCCUCCUGUCCUCGGGACUCCAGCGGCCGAGCGAAGAGGACAAUAGAGCAUCCAGAUCAACCAGAUCAACCACAACAUCUGAACUCAAAGCAUACUGUGGAAAAUAAGAGACUGUGAGCUUUCACUCCUUCAGUUCAUUCUUCAGAGGCCUGAGCUCAACUCAAACUCAUUUUUUAAAGCCGUCCAUGUGUAUAUAUAACAAGUAGCAGUACUCAAUGUCAUAAUAUAAAGCAGAAAUCAACCCAGGGGACUGAAAUCGGCUCUUUGAGAUGCUCCAAUGCGGUUUCAGUCUCGUCAGCAUAACAUUUACAGCAGAUGGUUACCAUACGACAAUGAUUUUUUGUCCGAAUAUUUCCUCAUUGAACAACUGUAAUGAAACACAUGCGACCGUGCAGCUGACCUCUCUAUUAGAGUUAGGUGUGUUAUAUACAUGUAUGACAUUUCACUUUAGAAAUACACGUUGGGACAGUCCUUACUCGUCAUCAUUUGAUAUGAUGCUUAUUUGUAUCUGUUCUGAGAAGUGCUAUGAAGUUUUGAAGAUUUUAUAUUUUGGGUCCAGAUAUUUUAUUAUUAUUCAGAGACAGGUAGACAUGCUCGCUUCUGAAGUAUGUGCACGGCUGCCAUCUUGAACCUUGUAAAUCUUGCCGUUGAACCCUCUGUGUCCUCUUCACAUCUCUAGUAAUUAUGCCAGUCUUUGCUCAGACAAGUUUGCGCGAAAGGUCUGUCCAAUGUCACUCAGCAUCCACUGCAUUGGUAUUGGUUUCUAUGAUGGAUGGGAACUUCCUUUAAGACUGCUGAAUUUGCUGGAAAAUAAGUCGUACAAAGGCCAAAUUACAACAAAGGCUAGAUAACAGUAGAUAAAUGCCAGUUGCAUCACUGUGGCACAACAAAAUCUUAUCGUAAUUCACUGUUUGGUAAAAUAUGGAUGAACUCGAUGUUGGGUUAAUUUUUUCAAUUAAAUUUAAAAUGGCUAUUUUAACUCAACCGUUGGUUUUGUCCAUUUUGCACACAGCAUUGUGUUACAACCCAGCCGGCACAGGACGUUAACAUGAUGUCAGAUUGGGGUUGUAUCCCCUUGUCAUGGGACGUUAUAUUUUGUUUGAAAAUGAAAAUUGGGUUGACGUCAGAAUCCAACAUCAGGCUGACGUCAAUGCCCAACGUCGGACAGACGUUACAUUUAGGUCACUUUCCAACACAACCUAAAAACAACAAAAUAUCAACGUCUAAUGAUGUUACAGCUUGACGUUGUGUGGAUGUUACCACUAUGAUGUCUAUCAGAUGUUGGAUUUUGGUUGCCAUACCUGACAAAUUAAUGUCAGUAUUUGACGUCAAUAUGGCGUUGGUUUAAGAUGUUGGCUUGACGUUGGAUUUUAGUCACUUUCCAA